AUGACAUCCCCAGAAGCUGCAGAUGCAGCCGCAAAGCAGCGGAUCAUCAAGCACAUGAAUGCAGACCACCACGACUCCAUACGCCGGUACGCCGAAGCGUACGCUUCCAAGUCCAUGAUGCAGAGUCGCUCGGCGCAGAUGGUCGACAUUGAUCUGAACCAGAUGGUCCUGAGCUGUGGUGGGCAACAAGCUGUCAUCGCCUUCGACCCACCGAUGAAGGCCAUGCGCGAGGCUCGCGAGCGGCUUGUUCAAAUGGAUAAAGACGCUCUCCAGACCCUGGGCCGAAGCGACAUCGCCAUCACGAAGUUCGUGCCUGCGUACGUGCGUCCUGCUCAUCUGUGGAAUUUUACGCAAUGUGUGCUUGCCCUGCUCUUGCUACCGCGGCCGGCAAACUGGCAGCCUGGAUCGCUUCUCUACGACACCGUGUUGUAUCUUGUGCCUGGCUUCGCGAGCUUCGUCGCUCGAAUCGGCUUUACGGUUUGGGCCAUCACGGUACCUAUCCACAUAAUCGAAGCCAUCAUCAUGUCGAGGAAGCUUGCAAGACACGGAUGCACAUUCCUUGAUGCGGUCUGGUGGAAGUGGGUGGGUACGUGUCUCGUUGAAGGGUUCACGUCCUUUCUCAGGCUGAAUGCGCUCAUCGCGGAGAAGAAGAAAGAGAAGGACGCGAAGAAGCAUUAA